CCGCCCCGCUCCGUCACUGCUCGGCGCCGCGGGUCGGGGCCGCCAUGGCCGCGGGGACCGGGGCCGCUGGUGCCGCCCGCGCCGCCGCCGAGGAGCCGCCGGCACCGGAGCCGUCGGUCGAGCAGAAGCCGCCGCUGCCGCCGCCGCCCGCGCAGGAGGAGUUCUCCUUCCUGCCGCUUGUCCACGACAUCAUCAAAUGCAUGGACAAGGACAGCCAGGAUGUUCACCAGGUGCUGAACGAGCUCAAGAACAAGUUCCAGGAGAUGAGGAAGCUGAUCAGCUCCAUGCCCGGCAUCGGGGUGAGCCCGGAGCAGCAGCAGCAGCAGCUGCAGAACCUGCGGGAGCAGGUCCGGACCAAAAACGAGUUGCUGCAGAAGUACAAGAGCCUUUGCAUGUUUGAAAUCCCCAAAGAGUAGUGCAGCUCAGCUCUCCGGGUCCGAGGCACCUCCUCUUCCGGCCGAACAGGAGAGAACAAGGUGGCAGGAGUUUACUUUUCUUUCUUUUAUGCUUUUUUUUUUUUGCUCACGUUGCUCUGAAGUUGUGUCUGUGUGGAUCACAGGCGUAUGACACUGAACCAGAACACCGUGUGCUACACAUAUGGUGAUUACAGCUGUACGUUCACUUUGAUCUGCUGUAGGACUGUGCAUUUAUAUAUGCAUCCCUUUUGUUUUCUCUUGGGGUGUUUUUUGUUUGGUUUGGGGUUUUUUUUAUAUUCAAGCAAGCAGGAGACGUUAUGUUUUCUCCUCACUAAGGGUCAAAGUACCUGCUGGGUAACUUCAACAAGAAAAAGAAGGCAUUUUCCACAUUAUUUUUCACUUCUGAACUGACACAAGUAGCCAGACAUCAAAAGGAAGCAUAACAGGGAAGUGUGAGCUGUCUGGCCCUGCUCCUGGAAAGAGUCUCUGGGGCACUUUCCAGGCUGUGUCAAAAGGGGAAUGGUUGCCUUCAAUCACUUUUGUGUUUCUCUUUUUAAACAAGUGAUGGUUGUGUCUGAGAUGAGUAAAGAUGUAGAAAUUCCAAA